ACUUUAUUGGUUGCUCGAAACGGUGGGUUUUUCAAAAUGGUCCGCGUGUGUGCUUUUCCUGGAUGCUUCAACCGAGAGAAACCCCUCAGACUCCGCCAGUGGGCGUCAACGCACGAGGAAAGUUUGACUUUUCACUCGUUGCCCCUUCAAGACUUUAAAAGGUUAAAUCUGUGGCUGAACGCUCUUCAUCGAGACACGUCACCAAUUCGGACUAUCCGUGGACUGAGGGCUAUUUUUGUAAGGGUGUGCAGUGAACAUUUCUCACAGGACGAUUUCAAUGCGAAGAGAGGAAGUAAAAGACGACUGAAAUCAACCGCUGUACCGAAAUGUAACGAGGCAUUGCCUCAGAUUAGGAGAGCGGUCAAGAGGGUUCAGCGAAUUGGAGCCCAGAUCAUCCCAAUGGCUCAGAACUGCAAUGCAUCUUCCACGCAGAAAAAUGGCAGCGCCACAGCAGCGAUUCUUAUCAUAGGAGAUGAAAUCCUUAAGGGUCACACUGUCGACACUAACAGUGCCUUCUUGUGCCGCGGCCUUCGAAAGCUUGGCAUCACGGUGGAGCGCAUCACUGUGGUACCAGACGUCCAGGAAGUCAUCGCUAAAGAAGUGUCUCAGCUUUCCUCCUCCGUUACUCACCUCAUCACAUCCGGUGGCAUCGGUCCCACCCAUGACGAUGUCACUUUUGAGAGCGUUGCUAUGGCAUUUGGAGAAGAACUGUAUGCCCACCCUGAAAUGACAAAGCUAGUGGAGGGAUUUUUUGGCACGGUCACUCCUGACAGUGCCCCCAUGAAGCUUGCCAUGGUCCCAGCUUCUGCAAAACUCAAUUUCGGCAUAGACCCCCAAACAGGUCAAAGAAACCGCUUCCCUCUAGUCAGCGUCCACAACGUAUACAUAUUUCCUGGCAUACCUUCUCUAUUGGAGAGGUCUUUCAAUGGACUUAGCCAUCUGUUUUCAGGGUCUGGUACCACCUUUCACACCCGUGAAGUUUUCGUGAAUGCAGAUGAGACUGAGAUAGCCCAGAGUCUCUCAAAACUGCAGGCAGGUUGGGGCAAGCGUGUCUCAUUGGGCUCUUAUCCAGACUGGCUCAGUAAUUAUCAUCGUGUCCGACUGGUUCUGGACACAGACAGUGUAGAGGAAGUGGAACGGGCUCGAACUCAAUUAAUAGAAGAGCUUCCUAAAGGAUCGGUGGUUCCUCUUGUCACUGACUCAAUCUCUGUCGCAGCUCAAGAGGUGUACUCGCUCUCUAAAAGUGAGACGCAGUUGGGGAAGAAAGUUGCCGCAGCAUUGGGGACCAUUGAGAUGGCGUUGGAUAAAUAUUCCGUUAAUGAGAUCUGUGUUGGGUUUAAUGGUGGCAAGGACUGCACUGCUCUACUGCAUUUAUAUUAUGCUGCACUGAAAAGGCGGUAUCCAGAUGGUAAAGACCGACUGAAAGCACUGUACAUUCGCAUUGUCUCUCCUUUUCCAGAAAUGGAGAGGUUUUUGCAGGACACAAUUAAAAGGUAUGACCUGGAGCUGUUCUCAGUGGAGGGCAGUAUUCGGCAGGCUCUGAAUGAGGUGAAGGAAAGGAGGCCAGAUUUAAGGGCAGUUCUGAUGGGAACGAGACGGACCGACCCUUACUCGCAUACACUGACAUCCUUCUGUCCCACAGACCCAGGCUGGCCUGAUUACAUGAGGGUCAACCCGCUGCUGGAAUGGACGUAUCAUGACAUCUGGUCGUUCCUGAGAACACUGUAUGUGCCCUACUGUAUUCUCUAUGACAAAGGAUACACUUCGUUAGGUAGUAUGGAUAAUUCAUAUAGGAAUCCAUCUCUUAAAAUGGUGGACGAGAAGGGAUCGGCCCGCUACAAACCAGCUUACAUGCUGGAAAAUGAAGAGGAGGAACGCAACUCGAGGGAAUAACGACUCUUUAAAGACAUAUCAAGUUUUUAACCCAGGCCAUUCUAACUACCUGUGGUAGUUUGUUUACUGCCUCUGUCUAUGAAUGUUGUGAAGGAAAGUGAGAAGUAUCACUGUAUGCUGUAUUCAUGAUUCAUAUUAAAACAGUAUCAACGUUU